GUGGUGGUGGUGGCCUCGGUGGUUGCAAGCGGAGAAAAAGACAACUGUUGGUGGUUGAAAUCGGCGAUAAGGGAGCGGAGGGACAGGACGGAGGAAGAAGAGCGGCGAUGAUGACGGUGCAAUCGAUGGGGGUAAGGAGCGUAACGGUUGGCGGUGUGUCUGCGGUGACGAUGACGGUGAGCGGCGGCGGUGACUGUCGAGGAAGAAGAACGUCGGCGGAGGCGGUAAUGCGGUGGCUACACGGAAGAGUGGCGGCGGCGACGAUAAUGACGAGGAGCGCGAGGAUAAGGGCAAAAAAGAAAGAAAUGGGUGCGGCGGCGGAAGUGAGGAUGACCGCGGAAGGCGGUGAUGGUGAAAGGAACGGCAGUGGUGGGUGGAUCGUAAGAAGGUUGGUGACGGGCGAAGGAGUGGAGGCGACGGUGUUGCGGGUUGUAGGUGGUGUAGGCACUGAAGCGGGCGUUGUUGUGGUGACGGCGAUGUUGGUGGUGGUGGUGGUGAACGGUGCCGGUGGCAGGCUUAAUGGACGCGACUUCAAGAUCCUCUUCUACUCCGUCUUCGUCUUCUUUUUGCACGUGCUCUUUGGCUACGGCGACAGCGGCAACAACACCAAUACAGCGCGUGGCAUUCUCUCCAAUGCUUCAGCAGCAUGCUCUUCGUCAUUGCCGGAGCAAGUGACAGCAGGGCCCAAACCCGGAGAUGAAUGGAGGCGGGGACGAGAGGAAGAGGCAUGAGACGAGAGUGAAGGUCGCAAGCCCAAAAAACAGUACUCUGCAGGAGCGGAAAACCAAACGAACGAUUGUUUUGACGAAAAGUACGAACAGGAACUUGAUCACUGCGGCAACAAUUUGACGAACCGGCCAGCAGAAUGGAACGCAGUCUAUACACACCAAAACGGCGGUAAUGGCAAUAAAAAAAGUUUUAUAGGGAUGCAAUUCCCAAAGGAGUGGUAAGGUAGGGGCUUUAUAAUAGCAGGACGUGACAAAAGGGUGGUCAAUGUAGUCGUUUUUUUUUUAAAAAACAAGUGAAAAUUAAAUUUCCGCCAGACGCGUGACGUAGUAAUUUUUUUGUCGCUAUUCUGCUUGUUCUGAG